GUGGCGCCACUGGGACCAGCAGCGGGAGCACGAUGCAACAUCUCAAACUACCGCAGCAGCGAGUUUCAGGGUCCAAAGCCGCGGCGGCUGCUGCGCGCGUGUCACGGGGACGCGCACACAAGCUGCAAAUUCAUGAACGCGCGUCUUCCUUUUUGCCUCUCUUGUUUUGCCUGGAUGGGAUCGGCGAGAGGGACGCGAGUUAAAGGUAAUGUGAUUUCUCCCGACAUCUCGAUAGCGACGACGUGGAUAGCGGCGUGUCAGGCGGCGCACAGCUGCGGUUGGUGUAAGGUUUCCCUCCCUCCGUCCUCGGACAGCCCGAGCUUCCAGUCUGCAAGGAUAGAGUUCUCAUGUGUUCGUCCUCAUGGUGAAGAUUUAAUCAUCGCAGGCCAGCCGAUGCUCGGUCUUUUCUCCACCUAUCCAGUGCAAACAAGGAGUCAAUAGCAUCUACUUUUUUAAGAAGAACUGUCCCAAGUUGGAUUGGACCCAAAUACAAGACCCUACUGAACCACCAUAAAGUUGUGUUUCUCUGUUUUUGGAACCAACCGCCACCAUGGGGGCCACAGGCUAUGGCUAUUAUCGCACCGCCAUCUUCUCCUGCAUGUUCAUUGGCUACUCGCUGUACUUCUUCAACAGGAAGACCUUCUCCUUCGUCAUGCCCUCUGUGAUGGAGGAGAUCGAAUUGGACAAAGAUGACUUGGGUCUGAUCACCAGCAGCCAAACCAUGGCCUACGCCAUCAGUAAGUUCAUCAGCGGCGUGCUAUCGGACCAGAUCAGCGCCCGCUGGCUCUUCUCCAUCGGCCUCUUCCUGGUGGGCGGCAUUAAUGUGGUGUUCUCCUGGUCCUCCACCGUCCCCAUGUUCUCCCUGCUCUGGUUCAUCAACGGGCUGGGUCAAGGCUGCGGCUGGCCCCCGUGUGGCAAAGUACUGCGCAAGUGGUUUGAACCCUCCCAGUUUGGAACAUGGUGGUCCGUGCUGUCCUGCAGCAUGAACCUGGCCGGGAGUCUGGGUCCGAUCCUGGUCACCGUACUCCUGCAGUACUACCACUGGAGGACUAUCCUGACAGCGUCGGGGAUCUUCUGCGCCUCCUUCUCAUUUGUUUGUGUGGUGUUUGUGAAGAACGAGCCGAAGGACGUGGGCCUUCCCAGCAUCGAGGGAGCAGCCAAGAAGGGGGCAAAGGGGGGCAACGGGGAGAGCACCCUGAGGGAGUUCCUCCUCUCCCCUUUCCUGUGGGUGCUGUCUCUGGGCUACUUGGUGGUGUUUGGGGUGAAGACAGCUGCCACUGACUGGGGACAGCUGUUCCUCAUGCAGGAGAAGGGCCAAACUGUUCUCAUGGGGAGCACCUACAUGAGUGCCUUGGAGGUGGGGGGUUUCGUGGGGAGCCUCGCGGCAGGGUUCCUCUCGGAUCGAGCUGUAGCUCGGCAAGGGUUGGGAACCCACGGCAACCCUCGACACAGGCUGCUCCUGCUCAUGAUGGCCGGUAUGUGCGUGUCCAUGUACCUCUUCAGAGUCACAAUCACACUUGAUAUGCCACAGGAGGCUCCUCUUUGGGUCCAAGUCCUUCAUCCUGUCUCUGUCCUCGUUGGCGUAUCAGAAAAAGAGAUCUGGAUCCUGUUCCUUGGUGCCAUGUUUGGAUUUUCUUCCUACGGACCAAUUUCCUUGUUUGGGGUGAUAGCCAGUGAAAGUGCUCCUUCAAAUUUUUGUGGAACCUCUCAUGCUGUUGUAGCUCUGAUGGCUAAUGUUGGAGCUUUUAUGGCGGGCCUUCCCUUCAGCACCAUUGCCAAGCAACACAGCUGGGACACGGCCUUCUGGGUUGCUGAGGUCAUCAUGGCGGUUGCCACCAUCGGCUUCUUCCUUUUGCGCAACAUGCGCACCAAGAUGGGACGGCUUUCAGAGAAAACGGACUAGUGCAUCAUCCUGAAAUGAGCCAACUGCUGACAUCUUGUCAUGUGACUAGAUGCACGGCGUUCUCACACUGUGCCGGUUAGCCCUAAAGAAUACUGCACAUUAAUACGCCAAUUAGACCAAACACAGAGGAUUCUCAGAGAAAUGCCUUUAGACUCACAAUAGUUGAUAAUUCAUCAAAUACAAACAUUUCAUCACAUUAGACCUAUUCAAUUCAAUUCAUUUUAUUUUGUAUCGCCCCAAAUCGCAAAUGACAAAUUUGCCUCAGAGGGCUUUACAGUCUGUACACAUGCAACAUCCUCUGUCCCGAAAACCCACACAUCACCUAGAAACCCACCUAGAGAUAUAGGUCUGAUAACAACUGGAUAUCUGUGACUAGGACAAUCUGGUAGUGGUACUAUUAUUUAAAAUGAAUUAUAUACAAUAACAAUUAUUGAGAUUUAUAUUUCAGUAUUUAUUGGUAACAUUGUGUCUUACAAAGCAAUAUUUAAGUCAAACCUAGUGUUGCCUUGCACACAAAAGAAUGAUCCCAGUCUCUUCCACACAGUGAGUCAUAUAAACUUAUCAAGUAAACAUUAUAAUCGGAUUGGUACUUGGUACCAGCUGUCUCUAAAGCCUAGGUAACAGUAUGAAAAUAAAAAUAAAAGUCGGAUCGGUGUUUCAUCAACACGAGGGUGGUAGACUGUUCAUCACUACCUAACAUUUUAAAGGAGCAGUCUAGGAUUUAGUGGCAUUGAGUGGUGAGUUUGUAGAUUUCAACCAACUGAACACUUCCCCUUUGACCCCCGCCUUUCUGAGCAUGUAGAGAACUACAGUGGCCUUCAGGUAACGAAAACAACACAAGAACAAGUGUUUGGUUUGUUCCUUCUAGGCUACUUUAGUAACACAGCAACAUUUGAAGGGCUCAUUCUGAGCUAAAGAAGGAUUUUUUAUUUUCAGAUGGCUGUAUACUAAUUUUUAAACAUAAUUUAUGUUACUUUAUUACAGCGAUUCUACCAAAAAAUCCUAGAUACCAGCACACAAAGGUAGUUUUCCAGUGGAGCAAUUUAAGACGGCUGUGAACUAAAAAGAACGCGUACUCAAAAGUGUGUGGAGGUCAGUUGGAUGUAAUCUAUUGAAUGUUUCCUACUGGGCCUUUAUAAUUUAUAAUGAUGUGCAUUCAAGUCGUAGCAUGUGUCGUCAUCAUGAUUGUGAAAGGCUCAUUAUUUCAAUGAAGUAAUAGGAGAGCAUGAUAUGUUUAUACACUGUUGUGUGGGACGUGAUCCACAAUAUUAUUCUUGAACCUUGUCAUCUCGCGUGAUCAUCUUGCGUGAUCAGAAGUGUCUUCUUAGAAGGACAAACAUCAAAUUACAGCUGUUUCAUCACAAAAGGUUACAACUGUAUACUGUUAACAUAGUAAUUUCAGGAAGGAAUCUGACUUAAUGUGAAGUUGAGUUUAUUUGAUUUCACUACUGGUAGUUAAACUUAUCGCCUGACAAUUAACUGUGAGCUAUGUCUCUUGCUUUAGCCAAUUCUGGAAAAAAAAAUAGUUGUGAAGCACACAGGAACACUUUUGCCUUUAUUCAUCCUGUUCUCUGCUCUUUUGUUAAGAUACAUGACUGUUCUCUCAGCUCAACAGAUUAUGCCCCUGAACUAGCUAACGUAUGUCUUUUUGUUGCUUCACAUGAGUAGAGACAAGACAUUGGACAACACCAGCACUCCCGGCGAUCAUCAUUACAAAUCUGUAUAAGAUCAAAAAAAAUGAAAGAAAUCAUUCACUCCAUAGUUUUCAAUGGCUUAUGUAGGACGAGCUAUUUUGUGAUAGACUGCCACUGACUAUUUUACCAAUAAAAACAAAGCCAUGACGAGG